AGCCUUUGGAUAGAGAGAGAGAGAGAGAGAGAGAGAGAGAGAGAGAAUGGCGGUGGCAAAAGGGGAGAUGGAGGCGACGGCAUGGGGGAGGAUUCCAUAAAAUGGUGUCGCCAACCAGGACGCAUCUUCGGCGAGAUUCAACACCUCUGCUGUUGCCGCAUAUAACAAGGCCCGAGGCCGCAGAUUUCGGCCGCACUAAUCACACGCACGUUCAUAUACCCACCCCUACGUUCGGCCCCCUCGUUCACCGCCUGUCAUGGUCGAAUGCCACUCGUUGCGCUGCUGUGGAGACAUGUUCGCACCGCCAACGACGAAGCUAGGGUUCCGCCACGCCGUGGUUCCUGUCGGGAGAUGGGGCGGGCGACGGAGCGGCCGGCUGGAAUUGUCGGGUUUGAGACCUUCGUUACUUCGGAUCCAGGCGGCCUUGCCAGGACAGGAGUCGUCGCCCGAGUCGGCGAAGCGGUGCUGUGAUUCCUCUGCUCCAGGAACAUCCAGCUAUGUGUUGUCCACUGUUGGAAAUUCAACAAACAUCUUAUGGCAUGAAUGUCCAGUUGGAAAACGUGAAAGGCAGAAGUUAUUGAGCCAAAAGGGAUGUGUCAUAUGGAUCACAGGUCUCAGUGGUUCAGGUAAAAGCACUCUUGCAUGUGCUUUGAGUCGAGAGUUGCACUACAGAGGUCAUCUUACUUACAUCCUUGAUGGUGACAAUGUUAGACAUGGCCUGAAUCGAGAUCUUAGUUUCAACGGAGAAGAUCGUGCCGAAAACAUACGCAGAGUUGGAGAAGUAGCAAAACUAUUUGCGGAUGCUGGUCUCAUUUGUAUAGCCAGUUUAAUCUCUCCAUAUAGGAAGGAAAGAGAUGCCUGCCGUGCAAUGCUAUCAGAUUCUUCAUUUAUUGAGGUUUUUCUUAAUAUACCUUUGGAGGUCUGUGAGGCAAGAGAUCCAAAAGGUUUAUACAAGCUUGCACGAGCAGGAAAAAUAAAAGGCUUUACUGGGGUAGACGAUCCAUAUGAAUCACCCUUGGAUUGUGAGAUAGUAAUACAACAGAUCUGAUGUUGGCCUCUUACUCGUUUGUUUCUUGCCCUAACUGGUUGUCUCAGAUAGUAAUACAACAGAACGAUGGCAAGUGUCCUACUCCAAAAGCUAUGGCUGAGCAAAUCAUUUCGUUCCUCGACAACAAUGGGUUUCUGCAGGCUUAAUGUGACCUGCUGUGUCCACAACUCGUGGACCGAGCGAGAUGUCAAAAUAAUUGCUUGUCUGUAGAUGAUCUCUCUGUCGCAUUCUGAUGUACAAGCACAGGUCAUAAAGUCAGAUUAUUUUGUAGUUAUGAUUAACAAAGAAUUAUUUCUAAUGUUAGAGCACUUUGGGGUAUUACUGA